UGUAUUCACAUAUGAGACCAAGAGCCAAGAAGUUGUUAUCCUAUUCAUGAGGAUGGUGUUCCACGCUGCCAAUCUCGACUAAUAUCCUGCUGAUGUGUCACACCAAAAUCUUCAACUCCCAACACGAACCAUCUUGCAAAUUUCAAUUACCCAUCUGCCAUUAUUCUAUAGUACUCGUAAUUAUAAUUAUAGUUUAUUAUUGCAAGAAAUGUCAGCAAAAACACCAUCCUAUUUCUUUGAAAUUCAACAGUAAAAGGCCCAAAUUGUACCAUUCUUUUCUUCAUUCUGAUGAUUUAAUGGCUUUAAAGGGUUUCUUAAUCAAUACUGGAGGUGGGUUUCCUCAAUUGGACUGGGGACAGUUGAACUUUAAGCAUUUGGGGAGUGUUUAUAAGGUGAGAGUUGGGUCUGUUAGUGUUUCAUCAGAUGAGAAUCCUUCAAAUUCAACGGCCGACUUGCAGAAGAGUGUUGAUAAGAGAGAAAGUAGCGUGACCAAGAAAGUGCAGAAAGGUUUGAGCUUUUUACCAAGACCAUUAUCAGUGACAGAUUUUUCUACCUCUUCUACUAAUCAUUCAAAGGUGCGGAUAUCAUUUAAGGGGCUUGCUGGAGCAUACAGUGAGGAGGCUGCCCUUAAAGCCUAUCCACAAUGCGAGACUUUUCCAUGUGAAGAAUUUGAAGAUACAUUUAAGGCUGUUGAAUUGUGGCUCGCCGAUAGAGCAAUUCUUCCAAUUGAGAAUUCAUUAAGUGGAUGCAUUCAUAGAAACUAUGAUUUACUCCUUCGUCAUAGACUGCAUAUUGUUGGAGAGAUUCAAUUAGCUGUUAACUUCAGCCUUCUAGCAUUGCCAGGUGUCAGAUUGGAGCAGCUGGAACGUGUCCUAAGCCAUCCACAGGGACUUGACCAAUGUAAUGCAUUCCUGAAUAAGUUAGGUGUUCUAAGAGAGAGUGUCGAUGAUGCAGCUGGUGCUUCUCAGCUUGUGGCCUCAAACAGAAUGAUGGAUGCUGGUAUCAUUGCAAGUGCUCGAGCAGCAGAACUUUAUGGGUUCAAUAUACUUGCUGAAAGGAUUCAGGAUGAUUGUGGAAACAUCACUCGUUUUUUAGUUCUUGCAAGAGAUCCUAUAAUACCAAGGACUGAUAAGCCUUUUAAGACAAGUAUUGUGUUUACUUUGGACGAAGGCCCUGGAAUGUUAUUUAAGGCUUUGGCUGUUUUUGCAUUGAGGGAUAUUAAUUUGACAAAGAUUGAAAGUCGACCACAAAGAAAUCAACUGCUAAGGGUAGUAGAUGACUCAAAUACUGGAACUUCCAAGAGAUAGAAGAAUCUUUUUUUGGGAAGUGUCCACAUAAGAGGACAUGCACGUUAAUGGCGAGUGUUCUCCUUCUUCAAUUGCUUCUUGAAUAAAGUGACAUUUGAUUGAAAUGUUUUUUGUACUAUCACAAGUAAAUGAAUUUUUAUCCAUGUAAAUUGUUGAUUUGUAGUCACAACCGUGUAGUGCCUAUCAUUUGCUUUUCUCGGGAAUGUUUAAGUCUUCUUGUCCACACUGAUUGAGUUCUAGUCAUUGGCCUUUGUGCAGUGGAACUCUUCGAGACAUGUCUUGCUUCAUUUUUCAGCAUACUUCUAUGUUAGUUGAGCUUGGUCUCGUAGCACCAAUUCAUUUUGACAUUUUCAAUUGUUGUGGUUUUGCUUCCUAACUAUUGUGUGUUGUUUCCUAUAUCAUCUUCAUUUUCUUUGUUCAUUGCCUUCUUCAAACUUCUUGCUUCGAUUCGUCGUUAACUUGAGACCUGAAAGCAUUACAAGAUAGCUCCAAAGGGAAAUUUUUUAUUUUUAUCCAUUUUGACAUCAGCAACCAUUUGAGCAGGGUUAUUUGUAUAAAAAAUUUGACAACAGUUAUUUGCAAAAACAAGGUGAUAACCUUUCUCAAGAGGUUGUCCGACAUUCAAAAGAUUAUGCUCCAAAUCUGCGAACAUCUUUUAAUCCUCUUUUUGUGUUUAUGCCAGUUGUGCCUUUCCCUUUAGCCAUUACAACUGCACCAUUUCCCAUGGCGCCUUCAUGGUAACUGAAGGAUCAAUGCUGGGAAUGAAUUUUUCAUUUUCAUGACAUGUGAUGACUAUAGCCUAUAUAGAGAUUCAAGAUGUUAUUUUCAUGAGCAAAUUAUUUACUGGUAUAAAACAAAUUUCCAUCUUCAGCAUUUUCUUCAAUGAAAUUUGCUUGGUUUAAUUAUUUGGAUUUCCAACUUCUUGUAAUAUGGCCAAAUACUUUGCAAUUAUAACAAUGAGGAUUUCCAUGAUGCCAAUAAUCCGACUAAUAAUCCGAAAUAGUAUGAUUUGAUUUCUUGCAAAUUUUGCAAUAUGAAUAGUUUUUACCACCUCAAUUUCCUUAGCUUUGUCAUCAUCUUGACUUCUUCCACAGUCUGAUUUCAUAUCCUUGUUGAAGGUUGGGCCUGUGAAAACCGUUGCGACGUUAAAUUCACCUUUUGUUCAGCACACUUGCAUUUGGCUCUCCCAUAUGCUUUUGUCCUCUUUUUUUGUGAGCUUGUAGAGAUUCCAUUAGUUCACGAAUGGAUAAUUUGGUAAAAUCUUUGUUCUCUUACAUGGCUCCAAAAUUAUACUCAAAACUUUUCCUGCAAAGUACUGUUCCAAACAUUUUCAAUAAUAUGUUGUUUCGUCAUAGAUUUGCCAUAGGUCCUCAAUCGAUUAACAAUUUCCAAAUAUGAAAUUCUUUGACAUUUUCAGAUUCUUUCAUUUUUAAAUUCAGAAAAUCUCUACGAAGAGCUUGAAUAUUAAUGCUGUGUACCUGGUGGUCUCCACGGAAUUCUUCUUCUAAAAUUUGAAAACAUAUUUGAUUCAACACCACCGAAAACUAAAAUUCAAUUUGACUGAAUUAAGUGCAUUAAUUACAACAGCUGGAGACCCCCAAAUAUGAUGUUACAGCAGGUAUCGACUCUCUCAUAUUCCAGUUUCCAUCUUUGUGUGACUUGUGGUAUUUGAUCCAUUGUAUAAAUUAUGUCAAUCAGCAAAUAUAUUGCCUUCGUUGCAUUUAUUAAUAGAUUAUUUAUUAGGAAGACUCUAUCAGCCUGCUAAGUUUGCGACUUUCUUUUUAGGAAUCAUCGUGUUGAUGUUUGUAAUGUUUUAUAUUCCCCCCCCCCCC